AUGGAGAGUGAAUCGACUCAGGAAACAGAAAACCUAGAGGGAGACUGGUGCACUUGUGCCAACUGCAAUGAAGGGGCCGAUAGACUUUGUUGUCGCGGCGUGGCUGCAGUGGUGAAAGUCAGUCCAACAACCUGCAUUACGGAGCAUCAUUUGUUUCACCUCGUAUGUCUCAAUAGAGAGAUACUGGACAUAGCCUACCACGAAAUCCGAAUGUACACACCUUCCUACCUUGAGCAAGCGCAUGGAGACAGAAACAGGACAUUCAGGUUCGUCGCCUACAGGAAAUUCGUAUGGUGGAUAUGGAGGAGGCUUGGGAGGUUCAACCGGGUGAGACUUCGCUGCUGUGUGGUGGCCAUGAUUAGGAAACACUUCCCUUCGGAGACUUACACGGGUUUCCAGUAUUCCUAGUGCAGGAACCUUGAAACAUGGGCCCUGAUGGCAGCUUCUUUCUCUGGCCUUUGGGCUCCGCUGCACAAGGAUUCCCGACGAGGACGUCCCUCCACGGCCACAUUCGUGGGCUGUUCAGCUAACGCCAAGCUGCACUCAAGAAGUGUUUUCACGUAGCUUAGAAAGAAACCCAUGAUCACGAAAUAAAUUCAUGUUGUC